AUGGAAUCACCCAGAGAACAACCUAACUUCGAUUUCCUCACAAAGAAGCCCUAUGAGCCUCCGUCAUGGGCGUCCCACCUUAACCCAGUUCCAUCUCACAUCUUCUCCCUUGGACAUGUAAGAAACUUCACUUAUUUCUCUGUGUCUUUGUCUCUAGUUGUUCUUCGCCUUCCCCACUCCAAUUCACAAAUUGAACCUUCCCAAUUUGCCGAAGAACACUCAAGUUUGGUUGAAGAUAUUAAUGUAAUUCAGCGUGAUGACCUUUCUGGAAUGCAAAUGAGUGGUAACAAGGCCAGGAAACUGGAAUUCUUGUUGGCAGAUGCCAUCGCGCAGGGGGCUGAUUGCAUUGUAACAAUGGGAGGCAUCCAAAGUAAUCACUGUCGUGCAACUGCUGUCGCUGCUAAGUAUUUAAAUCUCGACAGUUAUCUUAUACUAUUCACCUCAAAGGCCCUUGCGGAUAAAGAUCCUGCUUUGACAGGUAAUCUAUUAGUGGAACGAUUACUUGGUGCCCACGUUGAUCUUGUCUCAAUAGAAGAAUAUGCAAAAUUUGGGAGUUUGGUAAGUCCAUUAUUCCACAAUAUCUCUUCAAUUAUGCACUGA